AUGUCCAGCCACGACCUCGAGCUCGACGAGGACCGACUCGCUGACCUUGCUCUUUCAUCCACUCGGCAGUCCGGUGGUCGAGGGGGUAAACGCGGCGGAAGAGGACGAGGCGGUGGAGGAGGCGGUGGAGGAGGCGGUGGCCGAGACAAACGCGAAGUCGACCUAUCACGGGCGCUAUCCCGGCUGUUGAGACACCAGGCAGCCAACGCCGGGGUGCCGCUGGACCGGGAGGGGUUUGCCAGUUUAGAGCGGGUGCUCCAAUGGCCCCCCCUCCGCUCCCUAUCACCCAGCUUCGCCGAAAUCCGCCACGCCGUCGACAACUCGGACAAGCAACGCUUCGCUCUCAAGCCGGACCCGCGCACGAACCCGGACCUUGACGAGUCCACGACCGACCCGGCGCAUUGGCUUAUUCGUGCUAAUCAGGGGCACUCUAUUAAGCUGGAUAGUGAGCACCUGCUUAAGCCGCUCGCUUUGCCUUUGCCUGGCUCCGCUACUGCGUCCGCGGGGGGUGAGACGGGAGAGGAGGAGGGGAAAGAAACGGAGGGUGAAACGGGAAAGGAAGUCGGAAAAGAAAAAGAACAAAGUCUCCCACCCGGCGCCCUCCCCAUCCCCCCAACCGUAAUCCACGGCACCUACUUCGCCUUCUGGCCCUCGAUCCUCGCCAGCGGCGGCCUCAAGCCCAUGGGCCGCAACCACGUCCACUUCAGCACCGGCCUGCCCGACCCCAACAACACUGACCCGAAUAGUAAAACCGUAAUAAGCGGCAUGCGCGCCGACGCCGAACUCCUCAUCUACAUUGACGUAGAGCGCAGUCUGCGGGAUGCUGAGAGCGGGAUAAAGUGGUGGAUGAGUGAGAAUGGGGUGGUGUUGACGGAGGGGAAUGGAGAGGGGAUCGUGCCGGUGAAGUAUUUUAAGGAGGUUGUGGGACGGAGGCAGCAGGUGGGGGUGUUGUGGCGGGAUGGGGAGUGGGUGGGGGAUUUGCCGGAGAGGGUUAAGGUUAGUGUGCCGCAUGGGAAGGUGAGGGGGAAUGGUGGGAGAGGUAAUGGGAGAGGUGGAAGGGGGAGUAGUGGAAGGGGAAGAGGAGGAAGAGGAAGGGGGGAUAACUAG